AGUUGAUGUUUAUUGGCUUAAGGACGAAAGAACCGGAAGCUGCCCUUAAAAAACGUGGCGAUAUUCUAGCUUCAUUAUGGUUGCAUCAAUAUCUCAGGAAACCUGGCAUUGUAUUUGGCCACUGACUGGCCCUGAAAAGAUGACGCUAUCCUUUUCACUGAGGUUCCAAGAGGACCAAGAUAUUUGCCCUCAAUUCUAAUGGCGGCGCUGCCUAACUUGGCUUCUUGCCCCUAGGGGUGAUGGCCACCAGGCGGCUUCACUUCGUUUCUUACCACCCCGGAAGACGGGGACCGGCGAUUGGGCGGUACCCGAAGACUCCGAAAAGAAGGCUCUCGGCGGUUGGGCAGUGUUGGGUAAGCCUGGUUUUAAAGGAGCCGGAGGUGGGAGCAGCCGAAGACCCGGGAUCCGCGGGAGGCGGCGGCCACAGCCUGGGAUCCCCCAGGGACCCCCCGGAGCCGCCGCUUUCCCCAUGGACUUGCCCAGGGACUCCAGUCCGCCUGGCCAGCCGCGUCUGUGCCGUCAGCCCCUGGCUCGAGCAUUAUGGGGAGCCAGAAGCCCGAAACGGCCGAGGCUGCAACCGCUGGGGGCCCCUUCUCCCCUGGAAAAGGCCUCUCGGCGGGUUCUGGCAGUGGUGCUUGAAGAUGUCAUGACCUCCCAUAUGGUCCCCCUGGUGCCCAAAGAGGAGAACUCCAUCCCAUGGCACCACAGCUACCAUCGGGAUUCUGUCCACAGCCAGCCACCUGCCUCACCACUCCGGCAGGCUGUAUGGUCCUCACAGGCCAGGCUUCCCGACCCACUGCAUUUGUGCCGAGAGCCCCUGAGCCGCAUCCACCGGUCUUCUACUUUGAGGCGGCAAUCAAGGACAACCCCUGGCCCAGAGGAGGGCCCUUCACAAAAGGUGGACCGGGUCCCCCAACCUACCCUGGUGGUGAUGCUGGAAGACAUUGCCAGACCCCGAGCUGAGGGCUUCGUCCAUGAGACCCCCAAUUUUAUCAUCUCAGCACAAAGAGCUGAGCCCAUGAGGAUGGUUCACCAGCCAAUGCCUCCACUCAGGGACCUAGAAGCCCCAUUCCAGCCAUCUAUCCUGCCUGAAAACCCUCCAGAGAGCCCACCACCAGCCCCAGAUCCUGCUCUGGAGCCCCCAUCCACUCCACUACCGUCCAGCCUUUUACGUCCCCGUCUCAGUCCCUGGGGCUUGGCCCCCCUCUUCCGUUCCGUCCGCUCCAAGCUGGAGAGCUUUGCUGACAUCUUCCUCACACCCAAUAAAGCCCCACAACCCCCACCCCCAUCAACCCCCAUGAAGCUGGAGUUGAAGAUCGCCAUCUCAGAGGCCGAGCAGUCUGGGGCUGCUGAGGGCACUACAUCUGUCAGCCCCCGGCCCCCUAUCCGCCAGUGGCGAGUUCAGGACCGCAAUACCCCAGCACCUCUCCUUAAGCCCUCUCUGGGCCGAAGCCACUCCUGUCCUGAUCUGGGGCCCCCUGGCCCAGGUACCUGCACCUGGCCGCCUGCUCCGUCCCAACCAAUCCGGCCACGGCCACGGCGGCACACUGUGGGUGGUGGGGAAAUGUCCCAAGCCCCACCACCCUCUCGGCCCUGUCUCCGGAAAGAGGUCUUCCCUCUCGGAGGAGUGGGAGCCUCCCCUUCUCUCGCCACAUCUUGCUUGUCCACGGCAUCCACUUCCUCCUUCUCCGAACCAGCAGAACCCAGAUUGGGCUCAACCAAGGGGAAGGAGCCAAGAGCCUCAAAGGACCAGGUGCUUUCAGACCCUGAGACCAAGACCAUGGGAAAGGUUUCUCGGUUUAGAAUACGCAGGACACCAGUUCGUCCUCAGCCAAACCUUACACCAAUGGGGCUGCCUCGACCAAUCAGGUUGAACAAGAAGGAGUUCAGCUUAGAAGAAAUUUAUACCAACAAGAAUUACCAAUCACCUACAACCAGAAGGACCUUUGAGACCAUCUUUGAGGAACCCCGGGAACGAAAUGGGACUCUGAUUUUCACCAGCUCAAGGAAACUCCGGCGGGCUGUAGAAUUUCGGGAUAGCAGCCUUCCUCGGUCCCGGCGGCCAUCCCGUGGGGUCCGGGCUACAGCUGGCAGGACCUUGACUCCCAACCUGGCUCCCAGCCCAGAUGUGGGACCCCUGCUGCAGCAGCGGCUGGAGGAGCUAGAUGCCUUGUUCUUGGAGGAGGAAAAAGUAGAUGGGGAGGAGCCUCAUCGGACCUAGGAGCUCUUGUUGGUUUAUAUAUCUAUCCAUCCUCAAGGGAGGUGAAACCUCCAAGGCAGUUUUAUUUUUUUCUCUAUAUUUCUAGUAAAGUUUUCGAUAUGUUUCUGA